AUGAAUAUUGAAAAUAUUGAUGACUCUUGAUUAAAAGAAUUGUAUUCUGUCAUUCCACCACCAUUACCACUAACUUCCCAUCAACCCCAAUCUCAAUCUAACUAUUUAUCUUUGAUAAUAAUAAACAUUAUAGUCGUACCUAUAAAAUUAAAAUAAAUUUCUAGUAUAUUUGUCAAUAUAUUCCAUACUUUAUCUCUUCUUACUGAUGCGAAAAUAAUUUUAUAUUGUCUCAUAGUGAAUAAGAUAAAUAUUUCCCCCACUAUCCUUGAUCUAACAUCAGCGGAUGAUUCAAUUAAAAUGAAGGAGUAAGAAAUACACCUUUUAUUAAGAAAGAAGUUCUCUUACCUAAAAGAAAAAGGUUUAAACUCAAAAGUUAUGAGCCUACUUCUAUAUUUCAUGAAGAAAUUUGCAAACAGCAAGAAAACACAGAAAGGCCAAUGACCCCAAAAGAAGAAAAGAAAAUCUUCAAGCAAAACUCUAAAGAUAAACUAUAGCCUCCAAGGCUAUAAUAAUUUAUUAAAAUUAAGACUAAUGCCUUAAAUUGCUAGAGAUUAUGCAUUCCUGGCUUUAGUAUAAUACGAUCUAUUCAACAAAAUGCAAUAUAUUUUUAGAGUUUCUUCAAGACAAAAAAGAAUAUCCCCUUGAAAAAAGAGAAAAUUCCGAAACAAUCAACAUUUAUUGUACAUGUAAAAACAGAAGUGAAUCAUAUAUGACAUUCAAAAAAUACAUAGAAAACUAUAUAGUUCCUAUCCCAUUAUAUUUUAAAGACCACUCUGAUGAAAUUUUUAAGCAUCCCAGCUCUUUAUCGAAAUUCCAAUUUGUGUAUGUUAAACAAAGGCCUAACAACUUUAAACAGUAUAUACAGACUUUGCAAGACCCUUGACUGCCUAUAUAUUAUUAUAGAUUAAGGUGUGUCUUUAUAGUCCCCACUUCCUGAGCACCAUGCGUUUAAGGCGUGAGCUGUGUGAUAGAAACUCCCGGUUUCUCGGUAGAGGCAUUUUCUUCCUAUGGUCCGAGUAAUAUAGACUUUGUAAGAGCCUCUAUUUCCAACCCAAGCAAUCAGCUUACUCAACCUGCUUAGUUCAGGCCAGAUUGCCCUUUUCACGGGACCCUUUUCAACUGGAGAGAAAUUAGCCCUUGAUUUCUUGUUUAGCCUGUCUUCUUUUUUUUCUGCUAAUUCAUCACUAAAGGAAAGGUUCAACCACUUACGCGUUUCGUAACAACCCUAAGCGGCCUAGGAAGAUAAGUCACCCUGCCUUUAACGGAGGCCUUGGCGCUGCUGGCAAAAAAAAGCAGGCCACUAAUCAGCAGAAAUAGUGCUGGGCCUCUCUUUUAAGGCUAGCCCAACCUUGGGCACCAAAAGCCACCCCCAGAUAUACACAAAGACACCCGCCAUGGGGAGGACGGGUCAUAUUUAUAUGACUGUCUAUAUAUAAUGAUGGAGAAAUAGUUAAUGUAGGAGUUUGUGAGCUGCAUAGACCCUCUCUUCAAAAACGGUUAAAGUUGAGAUCUGCUGCUUUAGAAGUCAGCGAGUUUAUUUUCGACUCAGAAUUUGAGUCUGGAAAUCUAGAUAAAGUUGUGAAGGUGAAAAAUAAUGAAUUUAAUUUAUUUUUGACAGCUGAUACGAAUACAAAAGGACAUACACAAUGAUUUUAUUUUUCUGUAAAAAAUAUGCCAAAUAUAUAUAGAUACUUCAGCUAAGCUGGCUUUAUAAAAUUAAUUUUGAGCUAAAUUUUAAUAGUGGCAUCUAAGAAGAGAAGACAAAAAAUUGGAGGAGAAGGAAAAAAGAAAGCCAUAAGGCUUUUUUGCAGCAAUCUUCACUUAAUUAAUAGUGGUGACAACAUCUAUAUGAAUCCGUAUAUUCAUAAAGAGCAAACUAUUACACUAGAUAUCAUGAAUUUCACCAAAAAUGGAAGCUUAUUUAACAGAGGAAUGAGACCUGUAGCCUUUUCUGUCAAGCAAUAUCAAAAGCACAGACAAGGGUGAAAUCGUGCUGGAUUCGACGUAAGGUAUAUGAAAAACAGUUUAAUCAGAGACAUCAAUGGAAAAAUUUCUCACUAUUACACAUUGUCUUUUAAAUACAAAUUUAUAUAUGACAAUGAUACUGUAUACUUCGCUUACUCUGAGCCAUAUACUUACACAAGGCUCCGGACAUUUUUAGAUAGUCUAAAACUUCAUGCUUCCAAUGCAAAUUUUGAUUAUUCGGAAUCUGUUUUAUGCACAACUCUUGGAGGCUUAAAUUGCCCACUAAUAAAAAUUCGGCCUAAAGACACAAAGGAGUACCCAAUUGUGGCGAUUUCCGCUAGAGUUCAUCCUGGUGAAACUGUUGGGUCUUGAAUGGCUGAAGGAUUAUUAAGAUUUUUAACAUCUAAUUCAGCUGAAGCAGAAAAGGCAAGAAAAUGCUGUGAAUUUCUGAUUAUUCCUAUGUUGAAUCCAGACGGUGUUGUAUGUGGGAAUUAUAGAAGUGAUUUAUCAGGGGUUGAUUUAAACAGGAAAUGAAAAAAUCCAGGCUCAGAUAUAUACCCAACAAUAUACUCCACCAAAGAACUUGUUAAAGGAAUCAGGGCAUAUGUAGACUUGCACGGGCACUCCAAAAAAGACUAUUGUUUUAUGUAUGGCAACUCUUUUUCUCGUAAAGAAGAAACUUAUUGGCAAGGAAAAGUCCUGCCUUUUCUCCUAUCAAAAUUAACAUCUCAUUUUAAUUAUUCCACGUCAAGGUUUUUUAGCUCAGACCUUCACUCAAAUACAGCUCGUGCUGUUGUGUGUCGGGAACUCGAAGUACUCCACAGUUUUACAUUAGAAGCGUCAUUUCAUGGAUACCGGACUUCUGAGCUUCUAAAAGAAUUCACAAGGGAAGAGCUGAUGGAAGUUGGCAAUUCUUUAGGUAUAGCUUUAUAUGGACUUAUCAAAAUAAAUGGGAAGUUUAUUAAUUCCCAAGAAUCACUAUGAGAACAAGUGGAGCUAUUUAAGCGGCAGAUUGAUGCCUCCAAAAGACAUCAGAUUUUAAACAAUUUUAAAGGUCGAGAAAACAUUCGAACCUCCGUUUCAGCAAGAAAAGAAACAUUAUCUCCUAUAGAACAAAGAACUGCCACUCAAGGAGCUUUAUCAUUUGACGGAGGCAUAAAUGUACUAAAAAAUCUAUUCGAAACUCAGGUCGAAGAUUUACCAACCCUUGUCGAAGAAAACAAUUCAAGUGGGUCAGACAGCGACCCUAGUGAAGACAAUUUUGAUGAAGAAGAACAAAACAACUUGCAAAUUGUCGCAAAAAAGGUCUCACUUGAAGCAAAAUUGGUGGCAGCACAUAAUCAUAUGAUUACGUCAAAGCCAAGCUCUAAUCAUUUUCGGGAGAUUUUUGAUGAGAAAAAAAAUGAGUUUCAGCUGAAAAUGGUUGAUAGCAUUUUUAUAGGGUCACGAAGGAGUGCGAGAAAUAAUAAUAUGCAAAAAAAUAGACUGGGGUCGUUGGAUUCAAAUAGAGCAAUGGAGAUGAAGAGGAAUCAAAUUUCAAGCUGAAUGAGGUAUAUGACGCCUACAAGCAGAAAAGAACAGUAUAAACUUUUAGUUUUGAAAGCUCAAAGAUUAAGCGAAAUUCCUAAGCUGAAAAAUUUAUAG